GACACCAAUCACCGUCGCUGAUUAGUAGUGGCGCGACGGACAAGGCGAAAGUAGUGUAGCCACCGACUGUCGGAACGCGACUUUGCUGUGGUCGGAGAUCCAAGCAGGUGGUCAAUGGAUUUUUGACGGCUGUAAAACAUCAAGAAGAAACUUUACUACAGAUUAAGGUGUUUUAAUAUGGAGACGUGGCUAUGCAUAUUUCUACACCUACUGUACGUCUGCGGCAUCGGAUACUGUAUACAAGAAACAGAUAACUCUGAUACGUCUGUCGCCUGGGAUACCGGCCAGAAUAAACUACAGACAACCCUAGGAUUCCUCCAACCAGUCGUUGAAGAAGACCGAAGCUCGAGUCCACAACUAGAGCAUCGGCACACUCUCGUCAAGAAACGCCUCCUGGACUCCAUUCGAUUCCGAGCGGGAAUUGGCUUGGGGAAAAGACUGUCCUUGCUAAAGGAGUUACAGAAAAACAUUCAAACUACAGCUGAUCUGAUUAGAAAGACAAAAGGUGAAAUAGCCAAUGACCUGACUACCAAAGAUAUGUUCUAUAAAAUGGCCAGUAAAUUGCCUCCUUACAACGCGGACUGGCACUCGUCAUUCCCGAAUCCAGUUGUUUCCAAGAGCAAGGUUCGAGCGAAGUUGCAGAAGGCGGAUACGUUCCAUGACCGCAGUCACCUUGAUCCCGUGGUAUACUGGAUUGGCAUUGGAAGAAGAUAAUAAGGAUUACACGCCGGUCACGAAUAAUCGAUUUACGAAUGACAGUUAUUACUUUUAGUUUAAUUAACAUAUCAUAUUAAUUGCAGACAUUGUUAGAAAAAGCUGGACAGUUCUGUAUGUAGUACACUAUGUUUGCGCAAAUUCGCAAAAUAAAAAGAGUAUUGUUGCUUGAAAUACAAAAAUGUAGAAAACAUUUUCUCGUUUUAAUUGUUUUUUUGUUUUUGUUUUCUUGUUUUUUUUCUACAUUUCAUUUGUUGAAUAUGUAUAUUCGGACUGAUACUUUGUGGUUUAUCGUGUCAAUUGUUUAGUCUGGUACUAACUGUUGUUACGUUGAAAUACCAUACAAACAAUACUUUAAGAUAUCGAAACAGUAGCUAAUUUGGUUGCUCUACCAAAAGAAUGGACCAAUAAUCGAUGACAAUGAUGGAUAUAUACAUACAUACAUUCAAUUUUAACGCGAAAUAUUAACAGAAAAAGUGGUUGGUAAGGAUGUUUUAUCUCGUUGUUUGGCACACUAACAGCAUGUUUGUAAAUUAUAAGUUAAAAAUAUCAUGUCUAUUAAAAAUACAAACAGGAAAACGUUUUGUUUCAUUACAUAUUGAUACACAUGCAUUAUUUGUUAUUUUUGUUAAAUAGCACACGUUUGCCAUUUACAACCGAUUGUAAAUUAAUAGGCUAAGAAUGUUAUAACCUAACCGGCUUCUAUAGAAUAAAAUGAAGUUUGUUUUGUUUAACGACACCACUAGAGCACACUUAUUUAGUAAUCAUCGGCUAUUGGAUGUCAAACAUAUGGUCACUUUUUGACACAGUCAUAAACAGGAAACCUGC